UUGGUUUGUGACGGUCCUGUCACUCCUAAACCUAACCUCAAUAAUUUAAAUUUGUUGAAAUGUUAUUCUCAGCUGAAAUAAGUGAUUUUCGGACGGUGCACAACGUCCUGCGUGCCAUUUCGUUCAAAGACUACGCAAUUUUGCGUCCCACUGAAGAGGGGCUCAAAUUCACGCUAGAAGAGAUGAAAAGUGUGGAAAUUUCGGCAUACGUGCCGCGUAAUAUGUUUAGUUACUACAGAAUAGCCGACAAUGCGGACGUCUCCUUUAAAAUCAGUAUGAAAGUGUUCACUGAGUGUUUGAAUAUUUUUGGAGACGAGGGGAAUCCCAGCAUAAAGUUGUCGUACAAAAACGAAGGGGCGCCCUUGUGUCUGAUCGUCAAACAUAGUGAAGAGAACAUAACUGUUGAUUGCGAAAUUAAGACAUUAAACGCCGACGACUCGCCCGACUUCAGCCUUGCUGAAGAAUGCAACUUGAACAAAGUAGUUUUUAACGCAAACAUGCUUACCGAAGUGUUGCAAAGGCUGGAUAAUGGGGCUGACGACAUCACCAUUUCCCUAAACCCCGACCCGCCCCACUUUACCUUAAGCACAACCGGAAUUGCCGGCGAAUCCAAAGUCAACAUUCCGCGCCAGUCCGAUUCCAUUACAAUUUUCCAAUGCCAGAAAAAAUCCUCCUGGAAAUACGCCUUCCACCACAUUCGCCAGAUUUUAAAAGUGAUGAAUUAUGCGAACAAAGUGGCGGUUUUUUCCGGGGAGACUGGACUUCUAGGACUGCAGCUUGUGAUAAAUUCGGACGAGAGACAGAUGUAUGUUGAGUAUUACGUCACGUCGCUGUUUGGCGAUGGGUAAAAUAAAAGCAAGUUGCAGUAAACAAUUUA